AUGACUGAUCCAUUGAAGACUCUCGAUUCAUCCGGCCGGCCCAAGCCUGCCGCAGUCUCGCAGCAGGUCUAUGCCAUCGCCGGGAUUUCCGUGACCGUCUUCGGGCUCGAAGAGCUCCGCGCAGAGACGAAAGAUGUGGCAUGUCUCUGGCUGCUGCAUCCACGACUGGCGACCCAGGAGCGGAUGACCGGCAUCGCAGGAUCGGUCAUCAGUGACUGGAAUAGCAAAUGCCAGCAGAUCGGGUCGCCAAAGGGCUUGAUUGCCGUCUCCUUUGAUCAGAGAAACCAUGGAGCCAGAAUGGUUGAUCCUCUCGCCAAUGAGGCCUGGAGACAGGGGAACCCUCGUCAUGCCCAGGAUAUGUUUUCUAUCUUCCAGGGAACUGCACGCGAUACGUCUCUCUUGAUGGACUAUUUAGCUUCCUACAUUUUCCCGAAAGGAGAGCAUACGAUCUCCGAGAACCUGGUUCUCGGCGUUUCCCUAGGUGGACAUGCGGCCUGGAGCUGCUUGUUGCACGAGCCUCGGAUAAGUGCUGGUGUGGUCAUUAUUGGCUGCCCAGAUUACCUCAACCUUAUGGUAGACCGCGCACGGCUCUCAAAGCUAUCGUCUUGGACAAAGUCGAAUCCGCCCGGCUCGGAGAUCCUCGGUUCAGAGGCUUUCCCAUCCUCUUUCGUGGACACCGUCAAGCAAUACGAUCCCGCGAGUCUGAUACUUGGCUAUAUGGAUACCGGAUCGUCAAGUCUUUCCCGCGAGGGGCUGUUGCCAGAACCCUCGGAAAAGGAAAAGCAGGACCUUCGCCCGCUUUUGACUCGUUUGCUGUCGGGCAAGCGGAUAAUGAAUUUAUCUGGUGGGGUGGAUAAGCUUGUGCCUUAUCACCGAGGCGAGGCAUUCUUGACUUGGUUUAAGAAAGCCAUUGCAUCCAAUGGCUGGUUUGGGGACGGUGGAGUGACGUUUGAGGAUAUUAUUGACCAGUCCGCUGGCCAUGAAGUCACGGCGGGCAUGGUUGACGAGGCUGUUCGUUUCAUCAGUGAGACAUUGGCCGCGGGCGCGGACAGCAAAGGCCGGAGAGGAUCAGUAAGGGAAUCCAAGAUUUGA